AUGUCGAGCAAAGCGGCAUUGAAAGCUGUGCGAGCAGCUUUGGAAUCGAAGGAUUACCAAGCGGCUGCUGAAAAAGCUAAGGAACUUGUGAAGAACGAGCCGAAGAAUUACCAUGCGAAUGUCUUCCUUGGUCUCGCCAACGAUCGGUUGAAUAAGAAUAAUGACGCAGAGAACGCUUAUGUUGCUGCGACCUCUAUCAAUCCCAACGAUAAAACUGCUUGGCAAGGCUUGAUCUCCCUGUACGAGAAACAGGGUGGCUGCAGCCAUGAUGGUUAUCACAAGGCGGUCAUUGCUCUUGGAAAUAUAUUUGCCGACAACGACGAGAAGGAACGCUGCCAGGAUCUGGUCAACAAAUACACAAAGUCGAUGAAGAACAAUGGGACCAUAAGUCAACACAAGCAUGCAUUGGAACUCCAGAUACCGGGGUCGCCUCUGUACGACUUUCUUGAGGGCCGGUUGCCUCGUCCAUCCCAAACAUACCAGCGAUUGAUCGAAAUCACCGAGCGUCAAGAAAGAGAGUUUAUCAAUCGUGAAAUCGGAGAGCGCAGAACGCGUCUUGGUGCUCGCAUCGAACAAGUGACCCAAGAAGUUCGACGGGAAGCUGCAAACAAGAGCCGAUUGGAUCAAUAUUACCAAGGAAUGAUUGAUUGGACCAACGACGAUACGGUACGCCGUCAAUACGAGGAGAAGUUGUUUCAGCGUGCAUAUGAAGAACUUGGAUUUCUGCCUGAUAGGGAGAAGGAGGCGAAGAGAGCAGCCGUUUUCAAGGCAGCACAUGACAUGGUGAUCAUCAAACAUCCGUUCGAACCCGCAUGGAAGGUUUUCCUGGGGUGGUUGGAUGUUGAGGAUUACUCCCAGUAUGACGUGGGGCACCUGCGCGAAUACAUUGAGUUCUUCCCGGAAUCUGGACUCUCGCAUGUUCUGAAUGGAUUUUUAUCGAGCGAAUUAUCGCCAUUUCCCAAUGAGCCCUCAGACGAAACAAGAGGCGAAGAUGCCAACGAUGGCAAGGAAACCGCAGCCACUCGACCUGAUAAUGAAAUUGAUGACGAUGCAACUGCCCCUCAAGACCCUUUUGCUCUUAUGGUCGAAGGAUUGGACUCCGCUCGAGAUUCAAUUCUUGCCCACCGCAUUAUGGCAGAUGUCUACCUCUCUUUCGAAGAGUAUGAGAGCGUGGUCAAUGUUGCUCGUAAGGGGUUACUGUACGUUGAUAACUUGGUAAAGUACAGUGGGGUCAAGAUCCCUAAUACAGUUGAUUCCUUGAACAACGCACUUGCCAAUGCCAUGAUUCAUUAUCAAUCUCCCCGGCACCACCCAGAUGCGAAAAGAAUUUUCGAGGGCAUUCUCGAACGGAACCCAACCUCCUCUAAUUGCCUGCUUGGGAUUGGUCUGAUUUUAAAAGAGGACCAGGACUACACUGAAGCCGUCGAUUUCCUGCAGCGAUCACUUGAACGCGAUUCUUCUAAUCUCAAGAUUCGUGGAGAGCUUGCUUGGUGUGAAGCAUUGAGUGGCGAUCUUGAAGGUGGCCUAGCCAGUCUUCAGGCUACACUCAAGGACCUGAAAGAAGCUCAACCGGACAACAGGGAGUUCAGAUCUGAGCUUCUUUACCGCAUUGGUUACUGCCAGUGGGAGCUUGAUCCGUCCCCAGCUGCGCGCAAAGAUCGCAGUCGUGCUUAUGCUAGCCUCGUUGCUUCCAUUCAGGCGAAUAUGAACUUCGCUCCAGCAUACACCAUUCUUGGUUUCUACUACGCAGACUACAAGAAGGAUAAAUCCAGAGCUCGAAGAUGUUUCCACAAGGCAUUUGAACUGUCAACCUCUGAGAUUGAAGCCGCCGAGCGUCUUGCCAGGGGAUUUGCUGACUCGAAGGAAUGGGACCUCGUCGAAGUAAUUGCACAACGGGUAGUUGACUCCGGCAAGGCUAGGCCUGCCCCUGGAUCAAAACGCCGAGGGUUCAGCUGGCCAUAUGCGGCAUUGGGGUCGGUUCAGGUCAACAAACAGGAAUACAGCAAAAGUGUUGUGUCCUUCCAAGCAGCGCUUCGACUCACACCAACAGAUUACCAUUCAUGGGUCGGUCUUGCCGAAAGCUAUCACCACUCUGGUCGGUACAACGCCGCCACCAAGACAUUUGAGCACGCACAAGCAUUGGAACCAGAGCUUUCAGCUGAAGAAAAGGAGCAUGUAUGGUUUGCAAGUUAUAUGCUGGCAAAUGUCAGACGGGAGCUUGGCCAAUACGAUGAAGCCAUUGCUGCUUACGAACAUGUCCUGAAAUCCCGUCCUGGUGACAUUGGUGUGACUCUCGCGCUCCUUCAGACCCUAACUGAAAGUUCGACAAAGAGCGUUAGCCUUGGUCUGUUUAACGAUGCGGCAGAGCUGGCCUACAAAGCUAUCUCAGUGGCUAGCUCGCUGGUGCAGAUCAAAAGCGACAUUUUUAACUUGUGGAAGGCUGUAGGCGAUGCCUUCGCCAACUUCUCAUACAUGAAGGCCAAGGCUGGAAAGGUGUCUACUUCUAGCUGCAAGGCUUUAGUAGCAGUCGAUCUCGACCCUAUGGCCCUUGAUGUCAUGACUGAUAUUGAUGGCGUCGGAACUGAUUGGCUCGCAGCCAACGAAAGUGAAGACUUGUUGCCAUCUGACUUCUAUGUUCACCUCUCUAUCAUCGCCUGUAAACGUGCACUCCAUGUUUCCGUGCAUGAUACUCAUUCUCAAGCAGUUGCUUGGUACAACCUUGGUUGGGCUGAAUAUUUGGCAUAUCGCAGUGUGCAGCCGGACUCGAUCAAGAAAGGUAACAAGUCUCGCAAGUUCUUGAAAGCAGCCAUGCGGUGCUUCAAGAGAGCAAUCGAAUUGGAGGCGGGCAAUGCUGAUUUCUGGAACGCAUUGGGCGUCGUCACUGCAAGCAUGAGCCCCAAGGUCUCCCAGCAUGCGUUUGUACGAAGUUUGCAUUUGAAUGAACGCAACGCGCAAGUUUGGACCAAUCUUGGAGCACUCUACCUCCUCCACGAAGAAGGACAGCAAUCCUACAAGACCUUCUUGCGAGCGCAGGCCACCGACCCAGACUAUUCACUGGCUUGGGUGGGCCAAGGUUUCCUUUCAAUUAAUGGUCGCGAGAUGCAGGAGGCGCGAGGUUAUUUCGAGCAUGCCUUUGAUAUCUCAAACUCAUCCGACAUUCUCACUAAGCGCCAGUUCAGUCUGACUCACUUUGAUCACCUUAAUUCGACUUCUGCCUCCGAGGUGUCCGAACUCAUUCAGCCAUUCUUCGCGUUGCACCAACUCUGCAUCCAGGACCCGUCAAACUUGCCGUUUGUGCACCUUUCCGCCUUAUUGGCAGAGAGAAUGGGCGAGACCGCAGAUGCCGAGUCUAGUCUACAGGUUGUCUGUUCUGGCAUGGAAGACGAGUUCGAAAAGACCGAGUCACCAGCUUCCCUUUCGAGGUAUGCCCAAGCAAACGCAGAUAUGGCUCGUGUCCUGCUUGCACGCCAUUCUUAUGCAGAGGCCGCGGAGAAGGCUGAGCUCGCGCUCACCCUCUCUGAGGAGGAAGACGCGGUGAAAUUCGAUCCCGAAGCUUGCAAGAAGCUUCGUCUUUCUGCGCAUCUGACCGCUGGCCUAGCACAUUACAACCUGAAGUCUAUGGACCAAGCUAUCGAUAUGUUCCGUGAUGCCCUCGAAGAAGCAGACCAUGCUCCAGAUGUUGUCUGUCUUCUUGCCCAGGUCCUGUGGGCCAAGGGCGGCGAGGAGAAUCGGGCUGUUGCUCGCGAGCAACUGCUCGACUGCGUGAUGAAUCACCCUGGCCACAUCGGAGCAGUCACCCUUUUGGGUGCCAUCGCUCUUCUCGAUGCGGACAAGGACGCCAUUGAAGCAGUUGAAUCAGAUCUUAAUAGCAUGAUCUCGCGCGAUGACAUCGAUCUCCACGACCGAGCUAAAAUCAUCAAACUUUUGAGUGCCAUCUCAGCAAUGGGACUCAACGAUAACGCAGCCGUUCCUGAAAAAAUCAGGCGCAUUGGAGAUGCCACUGCUGCGGUGAUGCUUACACCCGGGCAACCCGCCGGGUGGAUGGAGUUGUCAGCAGCGUCGCGAAAGACGUACCCAGCCGCAAUGGCCAUCAAACGCGCUCUGCGGAGCGUACCUCCUUAUGGCAAUCUCGGAGCCGAGGAUCUCAGCGAAGCCUACGCGCAAACUGGCAAGCUUGGUGACGCCUUCCGAGCGAUCAUGAUUGCCCCAUGGAAACGCAAUGGAUGGGAGGAAUUGAGCCACAAUGUACCUACCCGGAACAUGUGGACGCGCUGCAGGGCAGACCAUGACCACGAUUCAUAA